AGCCGGUGUGCGCUGCAAGCCUUUCCCGGUUCCAGGCAGAGAGAGCAAGCACAAUUUUCUCUAAUCCCGCCGCGGCUCAGCUCCUCCCUCCAAAAACCCGCGCGGAGAAAAUUCUCGCGGCGAUUAGGGUUUCCGGCGAGGUCGCGGCAAUUGGGGUUAUGGCGAGGGCACGCGCGCCCAUGUGGCGCAGGCGCGGAGGCGGCGGCGGCGGCGGUUUGAAGGUGGCGCCCAACCUGGCGUCGGGGUGGGACCGGGAGGCCACGCGGGUGCUCAACCUCAGCGUGCUGCGGCGCCUCGACCCCGCCGUCACGGACAUCCUCAUCACCGCCGCGCACGUCGUCCCGUACAGCUUCGACGAGGACAUCCAGGAGUGGAACCGGAAGCCGGUGGAGGGGUCGCUCUUCGUCGUCAAGAGGAAUACCCAGCCCAGAUUCCAAUUGGUUGUCAUGAAUCAACUAAAUACAGAAAAUCUAGUCGAAGAUCUCUUGACGGAUUUUGAUGUCGAGGUGCAAGUUCCCUACGUGAUGUACCGUAAUGCCGCAGAUGAAAUCCUUGGAAUUUUGUUCAAUAACCCAAAGGAAUGUGAAGAAGUUGGACAUCUUUUUAAAAGGAUAAAGAAUGCAUAUUCUAGGGCGUCUCCCAAGGCAAAGCUUCCUUCCAAAAGUGUGUUUGAAGAGCAGGAAGCAGCAUCUGUUUCAUCUGCUCUACCUGCAGCUGAAGAUACUCUAGAACGGUCAACAUCACUUACCAUGAUAGCAGAUGAUGUUGAAGAGUUCUUGCUAACCCCUUCGAAGGUAGCUGCAUGUGUAGAUAUGAUUGGUGGAACAGGCGCAGUACAACCAAACCAAUCUUUCAGGACUAUUUCUUCUUCUAGUCAUGAAUUGCAUAAUGCUAGUGCACCGCAGGCUUGUUCCUUGCACAGUAUGCUUCCUUCGCGAACUUCAUCAGUUACUCUGAGGCCCUUUGAUGCUCAUAGACCACAGAGCUCCGCCACUACCCAAUCUGCAAGUCUACUAAAUGUAAAACCACAACUCCUUGCACCCAUGGCAUCUACGCAGCCAACACUACCUAAUGCAGCUUCAUCACUGUCUACUGUUCCUCCACCUCAUCCUCCCUUUGCCAAUCAUCAACCACAAGUUGUACCCUUGCUCCAUCCCUUUUCACUACCCACUGUGCCCCCCAAUCCACCUUAUGGCAUGCCCUUGCUUCAACCAUUCCCACCGCCUAAUCCGUUGCCAUUGCUUACCCCACCAGCAUCUUAUAGCCAGGUGAUAACAAGAGAGCAAGUUGGGGCUGCACUACGGAGGCUUGUACAGAAUGAUAAUUUCAUCGAUAUGGUCUACCGGGAGAUGGUUAAGAGACCGCACCCUUGAAGAGAUUGUUGUGUCUGCGGCAGCCGUUUAGGUGCCUCAUGUGUAGCCUUUUGUCAAAGCCUUUGUUGACUGGUCUGCGAAAUGUAGAGGCUGAGUUUUAACAGCACUGUUUGAGUUGUAGGUUGAUAUAUGAAAUGUAGAGGCCGAGGGGGUUUUAAACACCGUGCUUUUGUAGUUUGAGCUGUAACGUGAGCCGUUCUAACUUCUAAAGGCAUGCCAAUGUUCCAUAACAUACAGGUAGCCCAGGCCAGUUGCUGCCUAACAUCUGAAGUGAACUUUUGAUCGAGUAUCUUGAAUAAUUGUGAAUAUACUCUUUACAUGCUA